AUGGCGUUUCUGUCCAAGUCGUUACUCGACGUGCGUAAGAGCGCGGAGAGCGACCUGAAGCUCAUCAGCACGCGCACGCAGGGCCUGAAGAAGAUCGCCGAACAACUGGACGACUGGGAGAACAUCAAACUACCCGCCGUUUUCCCGCUCAAAGACAAGGACAAGGACGUCACGGCCGGAACGCUCAUCCGGAAGAUUAAAGACCGGAGCCUGGAGAUCACGAAGCCGCUGGGUGAGCGCGCGUUGUCGAUCGAUAGCGAGCUCGACUUGUUUUUCAAGAACUGGGAGCAGCACGUUCCGCCAGCUCUUUCCAAGCUGAAGAAAUUCCAAGAUGCCGGUAACGCCGGCCGCGCGCCGGUCAGUCUGAAGCCGUUUGACGGCCGUCAGUUUAUCAACCUGGACGAGUGGAACAAGGCCGUCAAGGCUCACAAGUGGCCGUUGGGAGAGAACUGGACGGUUCCGCUUCAGCGCGCUAUGAAGGAGGCUGCUGCGGCUGCUGCCGCCGCUGCCGCUGCUUCGCCGCCGGCUGCCGGCCCGCGGUCUCCGGCGGAGUUUCUGGAGGCCGUGAAGAAGAACCUGAAGCUUUCGGCGUCCAAGGACUUCUCGUCAGAGCUGCACCCCGACGUGCUGCCCCUGGACGUGCCUGAGCUGCUCGAGUCCUUCGCGCGCAACUCCGAAGUGCUUCUCGACCACCUCGGCAUGGACAAGGCCGUGGCGACCAAGGUUCGCAGCACCAUCCGCACGCUCCGCGCGGGCAACGCCGGCGCAGCCCCCGACGCGGCGGCGGACGUGGAUGCGCGCGUGGAGGAGAUCAUGCGCAGCACGGGGUACCGCCUCGACGAGAGCGACGCGGGCUGGUGGAGCGCGCUCGCGCUCGCGCACGCGUCCAGCCAGCACGGCGCGGCGCAGGGUUCCGCGCAGGCGCAGGGGAAGGUUGGCGCAGGCGGAAAGUCCGCGGUUAAAGCGGGCGUUUUGAAGAAGGGGGAAGCGCAGGGGGAGAUUCAGCAGGAGCAGCCGCAGCCGGCGCAGCCGAAGCAGCGCAAGUUUGCGAUCGUGACGACGGCAAGCCUCCCGUGGAUGACGGGAACCGCCGUGAACCCGCUCCUGCGCGCGGCGUACCUCGCGGCGCUGGGCAAGGGCGUGGAGGUGACGCUGCUGGUGCCGUGGCUGGCGCGCGCGGAGCAGGGGCUGGUGUAUCCGCGCAACUUGACGUUCGAGUCCCCCGCGGAGCAGGAGGCGUACAUGCGCAAGUGGCUGCUGGAGCGCGUGGGUUUCCAGCCCGACAUGAAGAUCGCCUUCUAUCCCGGACGGUUCUCCACGGAGAAGCGCAGCAUCCUGGCCGUCGGCGACAUCUCCUCCUUCAUCCCGGACGGCGACGCUGACGUGGCAGUCCUAGAGGAACCCGAGCACCUUACCUGGUACUACCACGGGCGCCGCUGGACGGACAAGUUCAAGCACGUGGUAGGCAUCAUCCACACCAACUACCUGGAGUAUGUUCGCCGCGAGAAGAACGGCCCCAUGCAGGCUUUCCUGCUCGAGCAUGUGAAUAACUGGAUGGUCCGCUGCUACUGCAACAACGUGGUCCGCCUCUCCGCGGCCACGCAGGACUUUCCGCGCGCGUCCGUGUGCAACGUGCACGGGGUCGGCGUGAAGUUUCUCAACAUCGGGCAGCGGGUAGCCGCGGAGAUGCAGGACGGCGGGAAGCCGUUCUCGCAGGGCGCGUACUACCUCGGGAAGAUGGUCUGGGGGAAGGGGUACCGCGAACUGGUCGAUCUACUCGCGGAGAACAGGGGCGCGCUGGGGGGGCUCAAGGUAGACGUGUUUGGCAGCGGGGAGGACUCCGAGGCCGUUCGCGCGGAGGCGAAAGCAAAGGGUCUCAGCAUGAAGUUCCACGCGGGGAGGGACCAUGCUGACGCGAGCCUGCACAAGUUCAAGGUGUUCAUCAACCCGAGUCUGAGUGACGUGGUGUGUACGACCACGGCGGAGGCGCUGGCGAUGGGCAAGAUCGUGGUGUGCGCGGAUCACCCCUCGAAUGACUUCUUCCGCGCCUUCCCCAACUGCCUCAUCUACCGCAACCAGCAGGAGUUUGUGGAGAAGGUGCAGCAGGCCAUGGCAUCGCAGCCACAGCCCCUCUCAGACCAGCAGCGCCACAUGCUCUCCUGGGAGGCUGCCACAGAGCGAUUCCUCCGUUCCUCAGGCAUCGAGCACGAGCUCUCCCACCUCCUCCCCUCCGCUGUUCCCUCCACUGCUGCUCUCUCCCGCUCGCCCUCCACCCUGUCGCUGACCACUGCCCCUGCUGGUGCGACUGCUGCGGCUGGUGACUGCUCGACUCCUCCCACCCCCUCUGCGGCUGCUGCUGCUGCUGCUGCCGCUGCUGCUGAUGGGUCUGCUCGCCUGUCCACUCGCAGCCGCAGCUGUGGCGACCUCACUGCUGCUGAUGCUUCUCCUGCCUCGUCUCCUCCUGCUUCGCCUGCUGCCGCCGGCAUGGUACACAGCACGUCGGCGUUUGACCUCUCUGCUCCCACCAGCAGUGGCAGCAGUGCUAUCGGCAGCAGCAGCCGCAGCAACGGCGUGGUUUCUUACGCCUUUGACGAGCCGCAGGCGCAACUCUCCACCAGCCUUGCCCUGCCACAGGACUCUCUCCUCAGCAGCACCACCCAGGCCUGGAACAGCCAAUACCAGGGCCAGAACCAGAACCAGAAUCAGGCCAACCAGGCCAACCAGGCCCAUGUCCCCUCCCAGGCAGCAACCCGCUCGCGCAACACGCUUCUCCCCAGUGCCUCUCUCUCCCUUUCCGUAUCUGCCCCGGACCUUACCGACCUGACGGACCGAUUCCUGUCCUUCUCGCACUUCAUGGCUUCCGGGAUAGAGCCUGCUCGCCUGGCCUCGGGUGCUCUCCCCAACACCAUGCAUAUUGACGAGGAGAUGUGCAAGGACCUGGGCCUGCCCCCCCCAUGGGCGCAACGGCCUUCGUAUGGGUGGUGA